CCUUUUUUCCUGUCAUCACAACCUCCCUCCUUAUCUUCUCCCCUCACUCUCACACUCUGCCACCACUCAGGUCUGUAGGUCUGCGCGGUCUUGUUGCAAUUGUUCAGCUGCUGAGUGUGUCAGUGAAUCAGAUCACCCAACCUCUGCCAAGGGAGAACAUAAAGGAAGUUGCCUGUCUCGUCCAGUUAAUGUGAAAACAUAGAUAAGGUCUGUUUACAAAUAUCCUUGUGAAUGAAAUUUUAAUUAUUUCAUUCUUCUUGUUUAUGAUAUUAUAUAGCUGCAUGUGUUCUGCUCCAGACAUAUUCACUAUUUGUAUUGAAAAAAAAAACACAUUCAAAAAUUGUUAUUAAUUGUACUUCCAAAUAUACAUAUAAAUAUACAUAUACAAACAGAUAUAUAGUUGAAAUGGAGGAAUGGGAGUGUCCUACUCCUUUAGAGCCUGCAGGAGCCAAAGGGAAUACCUCAUCACUAAUAGUUAACAGGUCUUGUAAGAAUCUGGAAUGCUACAUGGUCCUGACUGAGGUAGAGAAGACAGCCAUCGGCUCCAUCUGUUUCCUGGCAGGGCCUUUCACAUUGCUGGAAAAUGCUCUUGUGCUGGGGGUGAUAGCCACCACGGUCACCCUGCGCCAGCGGCCGUCCUAUCUGUUCAUUGGCAGCCUAGCUCUGGCCGAUGUCUUCGCCAGCUGCUUCUUCACCACCAGCUUCCUGGACUUCCACCUCUUCCACCACAGUGACGGUCCCACUGCGUACCUCUUCAAAUUAGGCGGUGUCACCAUGGCCUUCACUGGCUCAGUGGGGAGUUUACUGCUCACUGCUCUGGACCGCUACCUCUGCAUCCACCAGGCCUCCAGCUACAAGGUCCUGCUGACCCGCCGCAGAGCCAUGCUCAGCCUUCUCAUCCUCUGGAGCACCACCUUAUUCCUUUCCUUCCUGCCUCUGAUGGGGUGGAGAUGUCCCACAGGCCUCACUCCUCCCUGCUCAUGCUUGUUUCCCUACAUCAGCCGAGCCUACCUGGCCUGCUGGACCAGCUUCAUCCUUGUGCUUCUAGCACUCAUUUUAGCGGCAUAUGCUCUCAUCCUGUGGAAGGCCCACCGCCACGAAUCCUCCAUGACCAGCUUCCACGGAGCUGCAGGGACAGGUCAGGCGCGCAUGAGGAUGGAUAUCCGGCUUGCUCGCACCUUUGGGCUAAUUUUGCUCAUACUCGUGAGCUGCUGGCUUCCUGCGCUCUCCUUCAUGCUAGCUGAUGUCUCCGUGAUCCUGACCCGCGCCCAACAGAGGGCAUUUGCUUUCUGCAGCACCCUCUGCCUGCUCAACUCUGCCAUCAACCCGCUGCUGUACGCCCUGCGCUGCCGAGAGCUCCGGCUUGCCGUCCUGCAGUCAGUACGACGGAUGUGUCAAAUUGUGGGGUGCAAAGAAUCUGCAGAGGACUUGACCCCAAGACUACCCUCCACAGAGGACAACAACUGUUCUGUCUUCACCGAGGCUGAGGGAACCAGGGUCAGAACCACCCGACUCAACUCCAUCUCAGAAGUGGUGAACAAUCAGCAGCUGAACAUCACAAAAUGAAGGCGGUGUACAAGUGAAAUAAAGGAGUAGCAAUAUAGAUUGUGAAACAUAUGGGAGUUUGCUAGAGGUGAAGAAGAAUAGCAGUGUAAAUACAGACAUCACAGAGAACCUAACUGUUGAUUACGAAUUAAAUCUACAAUAGAAAUUGAAUUGUCAGUGCCGGCAUAGAUUUUAAAUGCCUUUCUGAACAGGACUAAUGACUACCAAACUAUAAGUGUUGAAUGUGGCUCAUAACCCUAUCAACAACAUAUUGUAUUUUAAAUAGUUACAACUAGGGGUGUAACGGUAUUUGUAAUCGUCCCGUCCCGUCACGGUACGGGUGUCACGGUUCGGUGCACGCAGUCACACGACGAAUACGUGUGAGUAUUUAAAAAAGUUGAGUUCUCACGUCAAUUGAGGUCGCGGUAAUGAGCCUGAAAGCUGCCAACAACUGACAUUUCAGAAGAAGCAGCAGCCGCAGAAGAAGAAGAAGAAGAAGAAGAAAUAGCAGCAGCAGAAGAAGUUGAGCCGUCGGCUUCACUGAAAUCACGCGUAUGGGAGCACUUCGGUUUCCCAGUGAACCCUCCGCGUCGUCCAUUAAUUUCAGAUAAUGGACACCUCGUCGGGCAUUAACCCGCUUAUACCAUGGUCACUUACGAAAUAAAUAAAUAUUAUGUCAAUUAUUAAUACGUAAAUGUUUUUUUUUUUUUUUUAGUUUUAUCACAAGAAGCUGCUGAGCAUCUGAGCAUCUGAACAUCUCCCGUCCACAGGCGUUGCAGCAGCAGUUACUAAUCAGCGGUGAGGAAGAGAGAUGAUUGCUUAACGUUACAUUACGUGUGUAGAGGAUCGUGGGAAAUUUCCAGUCCACAGAUAGUUUCCUAAAUUGUUUAUAUUGCAAGAAAUAUUAUCCACCAUUCACUUUAAUCAUUUAAUGUAUAGAGGAUCAUCCUCUAAAUUGUCCAGUUCCUCCGGUGUAACCUUGUAUCGAAUCUCCUUCUUUUCAUAUUCUCUUCUAUCUCUUCUGCUGCAUCUCAGUCUUCAAAAUUAUCAAAUUCACCAAAAAGGUUAAAGCCAACUAUAAAAUAACUCAACUGUAUUGCCAUUGUGAUAAUUAAACUGAAAUAACGUAUGUCUCUGUUGCCACGGUUACCAAAUCAUUUGAGCCAGCGCAGUCAUUUAGAACUGUCAUCAGGUAAUUUGACCGGAACCAUUAUCACUUUUUAAUGUACACCCUGCAGCCAGUCAGAAUGAGGAUUCACCCAGACCAUGGAUUAAGUAAGGGUCAAUCCCCGACGGGGUGAAAGUGUGUUUUUUUCUUUUCCUAUAUGAACAGAAUGAAUGAAUGGUAUAAAAACCCUAAUACAUUUUUUUGUGUUAUAUUCUAUUUAUUUUUAACUGUUUACGACAGGAGAUGGUUUUAGUUUUGCAGCUUCUGUUUAAAAAAAAUGAAAAAAGCUAGUCUUAUACAUGUCUGACUUUUUGUUGCUAUUUUCCCGUUGUACCGAACCCUUACUGAACCGUGACCCCCAUACCUAGGUACGUACCGAACCGUGACUUGUGAAACCGUUACAUCCCUAGUUACAACAAAAUGCCAUCAAUCAUUAAGACAAAAAUAUUAAAUGUUGGUUCAUUUUUGAUUUCAAAAUAUAGUUGUAAGAACAGUUUUGUUUGGCAUUUUAUGGCCGCUCCACGCUGGCUUAGGCGAACAGGAUGUUUAAUAGUAUGUGUUGGGUUUUAUUUUAAACUGAGAUGAAGCACUGCGUCAUUUGAACCGAACUGCCGACAUCCUUUGUCCAGAGCGUGUUACAAAUGUGGAUUUGUUGUUAUCUGCUUCUUUACAUUUGAGUGUACAGCCGUGAGCGUGCAGGAAACAGAGGAGCUUGUGGGUUGCCUAUUCUGUUCUGAACAUGAAUGCUAGGACCCCACAGAAAGCCCCACGCACAGGAGAAUUUCACACAAUGCUCACUGCAUGAAUCCAAGCAGCGUGCCGAGGUGAAUGGGGCGCACAUGCUAGGAAGAGGGCGAGCACAGACACCAGAACACUCUUUGCAAUAGUGACAAAUGCCAGCUGCAGUAGAGCACACACUAAUGUGCACACAAGGUAACAGAAAUAGACAAUUGCAUAGCUCUUAAAAGACAUGUUGCUCUUAGAUUGUUGUUUUGAGUGUUCAGAACUCCUGUUUCCAUAAUAUGAACUAAUUAAAAACACUUUGACUCAC